UAGACUUACUUACUUGCAUUUUGCGCGUUUCAUUCCCAUGUUUCAAUUUUUUUUUAUGACGCAGCAAGACCCACAUAGAACAACGUGAUUGUCGCCAUUUUUUGUUGUUAUUGAAAUCUCUCAACCAUGUGACAAAAAAAAACAGCUAGUGAGUAAAUGUAUAAUCUUCCAAUGUAUUUUCGUCUGAUGGAUUAGGCAGGUUCCAUUGACUGAAGACAACAAUAGGCUGUGCAUGCGCAGCAUUUGACAGCUUUAGGACACUGACGCCGCCGUCUGGUUCGCAACAAGUAGGCUACAUUCCUUGGUCUGCAAAUGUUGCGCGGAAUGACAGCGUCUCUGCGCGUAAUGAUACAGAUACAGUCUGUGGUGUCUCAGGCUAUAGUGGAUAAUGGCCAAACUGUUCCGAGCUGUGAUCAUGGGUCCACCAGGUUCUGGGAAGGGGACCAUAUCUGAAAGAAUUGCGCAGAGCUUUGGACUCAAACACUUGUCCAGUGGCGACUUCCUUCGGGAGAAUAUAGCUGCAAAUACAGAGGCUGGUGUUCUUGCUAAGACCUACAUAGAGAGGGGUCUGAUGGUGCCGGACCAUGUGAUGACACGGCUCUUACUGCCCAGGCUGGAGGAGAUGACUCGCCACAGCUGGCUGAUGGAUGGGUUUCCCUGUACCCUAGCCCAGGCCAAGGCUCUGAACAGUACCUGUGAUCUGGACCUGGUCAUCAGCCUCAACAUCCCUUAUGAGACCCUGAAGGACCGGCUGAGUGACCGCUGGAUCCACCCAGCCAGCGGCAGGGUCUACAACAUGGGAUUCAACCCUCCACGCGUACAGGGCAGGGAUGACCUCAGCGGAGAGCCUCUGAUCCAGCAUGAUAAUGACCAACCAGAGGCCCUAGUGGCCAGACUGAGGCACUACAAGGACGUGGCCAAGCCAGUCAUAGACCUGUACAAGUCAAAGGGCAUCCUGCACACGUUUUCUGGCACAGAGACCGACAGGAUCUGGCCUUACAUCAACUCUCUUCUCAGCACUAAGAUCCUUAGCAGACCUGAGAUGGACACACAGCACAUCCCAAUGCCCUGAGCAGAGCAGAGGUGACACAGUAGGAGUGCAGGCCAUGCACAUGAGCUGUUAGGAGCCUCUUUAGCUUGGCAGUUGCUACCAAAACAUGUCUGCAAAUACAAUCGUAUGCACUACAUACAGGUGAAGUCAAAAGUUUACAUACACUUAGGUUGGAGCCAUUAAAACUUGUUUUUCAACCACCCCACAAUUUCUUGUUAACAAACUAUAGUUUUGGCAAGUCGGUUAGGACAUCUACUUUGUGCAUGACACAAGUAAUAUUUCCAACAAUCAUUUACAGACAGAUUAUCUA